AUGGAUGGAUGGAUGGAUGGAUGGGCUGACUGAUUAAAGAAGGUUAUCUUUGAGAACUUUGUUUUUAAUCACUGGGCUAAUCUCAGUAGCCUGAAUUAGCAUUAACUUCCCACGUGUUUCCAUUCUGUAGCACUAGGCUAACUUUUAGCUGUCAUUCUGUUAUCUUUGAACAAUAUUUUUUUUCUGGAUAGGUUUGAACUGCUUUUAAUAACUCUAUUAACUCACAGGUCAUUCCUGGCCUGUGCCGUAGUUAUCUUUGAGCAUUCUUUUUCUUAGUACAUAAUAAUAAUAAUAUCCAAUGUUAACCUUUAGGUGUUUGUUCUUCGAACUAUUGGGUCCGACGACUGCCUUUUAGUUAACUUUUGUCAAACUUUUAGCUACUUGGGGAAUGCUGAGCUGUUUUUCAUCCACCUACUUCAGGUGUCAAACUGUUGGUCGAUUACCUUUGAACACCUUAACUCUGCAGAAGUACUUUUCUGUGCAGUGCAGAUCAGUCACCCACAUUUAAAUUGGCGAGUCCUUCAACCUAUUUUUUUGUCUUUGUUCUAAAAGGUAUCAAACAGGCCGAGUGCUAUUUGAAAAAGCCAGAAAGAUUCCAAUGCCUUUAAACCGGCCUUUAAAACACAAUACUAGCAUUUUUUCAAAGAUGUCACUCACACUUUAUAUACCUUGUUGAAUGUGUUUUUCUCCUCCAUGUUAUCUGACAGAAAAGGACCUUAGUAUCGGUGAGAUCUACUUAUUAUUGCCAUAGAGAGCAUGUAGAGAUACUACACCGGGCUGCUGAUAUAAUCAGAUGUUGUCCAAACUCUACCUAUAUUCAGGUGGCAAUGAUGAACACGCUAGGUUGUAGUUAUAUAGGCCAGCUGCAGAACUGCAGAGGCAGAGGACGCAGUGUGAGUGGUCCUGAUGAGAGUGCGCGCCGCUGCCUAUAGAGGACAGAUGCGCUCGGUGCGUCAGGACGCACCAGUCCGCCGCAGAUGGCUUGUGCAGUUUGUCCACAUUUCAAAGCUUUAUUUCAGACCUCGGCGCUCGUUCUGCGAGAGCAUGACGGCGAACAUUCUACAGUUUGAAAAAAAAAAGUGAAGCUCGGCUGCCGUGAACAGAGACAGAGAGUCAGACAGAGAGCAGGCACACCACAGUCUGAUUUGCCUCACACCCUUUGCGACGGUGGCUCAUUUGCUCACUCGCUCAGCAUCGAGCCAUAAGGAGCGGACGGACACCGCGACUGCAACUUCCAUUUCCUCCUUUCCACAUCUGCAUCGCCUCCUCGUGUCGCUCCAACUCGCAUAUUACCAUUAUCUCCGUGCAGGACAAUGGUACACCUAUUUAUUUUAAAGCCCGCUCGGGCGCAUUUUUGUGAGAAUCCGCUCUGUCCGUGAGGAUUUCAGCCAGUCUUAGUCUGGUGGAUCUUUUCCCUCUACUGUCGGCUUGUCUCUGAGAAAGCAGCUAAUUAAUUUUUAAUUCUUAUGCAUCCGCACGAAGACGGGACCAGAGAGGAGAAAACGAGCGAUAACCAGAGGAGAAGAAGAGGAGGAGAAGAAGAAGGAGACAAGUGAGGGACACGAUAAUGAAUGAGAAACACUGAGCAAUCAAGGAAAACCAAGAGUGGAGGGAUCAAGGAUCACCCUCAGGAAGGGUGUAAACUGAGGAAGUGUCACACCCGACACCUGUGCGCCUGCUUCGAGUCUCCACACUUUUAGCCCUGCCCUUUACCCUGCCCCCCCGCACCCCUGGUCAGCCUCCAACAUGGCUCUCGCUGUCUGGAUCAUCCUAACCUGCACUGUGGCUUUCAGCAACAUUGCUCCUUCCUCGCAAGCUCUGAGUCGGUCAAUGAUGCCUUUCGGCUUGAUGCGUCGAGAGCUGGCCUGCGAAGGCUACCCCAUCGAGCUGCGCUGCCCUGGAAGUGAUGUCAUCAUGAUAGAGACGGCCAACUAUGGACGCACUGAUGACAAGAUCUGUGACGCAGACCCCUUCCAGAUGGAGAAUGUGCAGUGCUACUUGCCAGACGCCUUCAAGAUAAUGUCACAGAGGUGUAACAACCGCACUCAGUGUGUGGUGGUAGCAGGGUCAGACGUGUUCCCAGACCCCUGCCCAGGGACCUACAAGUACUUGGAAAUCCAGUAUGAGUGUGUCCCUUACAAAGUGGAUCAAAAAGUCUUUGUUUGCCCGGGGACACUGCUGCGGGUGCAGCCGGCCUCCUCUCUGCAGGAGGCAGAGCACCAGGCAGGGGCGUGGUGUAAAGAUCCGCUGCAGUCUGGAGACCGUCUGUACGUCAUGCCCUGGACCCCCUAUCGCACUGACAUGCUGUACGAGUAUGCCUCCUGGGAAGACUUCAGAGAGAACCGAGCCACCACCACCUACAAGUUACCCAACAGAGUGGACGGCACAGGGUUUGUGGUGUACGAUGGAGCAGUAUUUUACAACAAGGAACGCACACGGAACAUAGUGAAAUAUGACCUGCGAACACGCAUCAAGAGUGGUGAGGCCAUUAUCACAAAUGCCAACUACCACGACACCUCUCCGUACCGCUGGGGAGGGAAGUCAGACAUCGACUUAGCUGUGGAUGAAAAUGGCCUCUGGGUGAUCUACGCUACCGAGUCCAACAACGGACGACUGGUGGUCAGCCAGGUAAACCCCUACACCCUGCGCUUUGAAGGCACAUGGGAAACCAGCUUUGACAAGAGGAUGGCGUCCAACGCCUUCAUGGCUUGCGGGGUGCUUUACGCAGUACGGUCAGUGUAUCAAGAUGAUGACAGUGAAGCAGGUGGUGACCUGGUGAUGUAUGCCUACAAUACAAACCACGCCCGUGAGGAACCUGUCAACAUCCCUUUUCCAAACCCCUAUCAGUACAUUUCUUCUGUGGACUACAACCCCCGAGACAACCAGCUCUACGUCUGGAACAACUAUAAUGUGCUGCGCUAUCCUCUGGAGUUUGGACCGCCGGACCCCACCGCAGGACCACUGACCACCACACAAGUGACCACUACUCAGCCAGCUAGGCCCUUUACCUCCAGUGCCAGUCCUUCCACCGCACGACCUCUGGCCCCCACGUCACGUCCGAUAGGCUCCAUCAACAAGCAUCCAGACCUGCGACCAAUCACAGCCACCGUGCCUGUCACCCGUCGACCACCCCUCCCUCCUAUAGGCCCAGAGCCACACGUGUGUGAAGCUAAGAUGGUCCGGGGUGUCCAAUGGCCCACCACUCAGAGGGGAGAAACAGUGGAUCGCCCAUGUCCAAAAGGAUCUCUAGGUAUCGCUUCCUUCCAGUGCAUGGCAGAUCAGGUCAUGUGGAAUCCACGGGGUCCUGACCUGAGUAACUGUACUUCCCCCUGGGUCAACCAGGUGGCCCAAAAGAUAAAGAGUGGAGAAAAUGCUGCCAACAUAGCCGGAGAGCUGGUGAACCACACGAGGGGCAGGAUCCAGGCUGGCGACGUGAGCUCGUCUGUGAGACUGAUUGAACAACUGCUGGACAUUCUGGAUGCUCAACUUCAAGCCCUGAGGCUGGGCAACAAAGACUUGGCCACACGGAACUACAACAAGCUCCAGAAGCGAGAGCGUACCUGUCGGGCCUACAUUCAGGCGGUGGUGCAGACAGUGGACAACUUGCUGCGCCCUGAGGCUCUGCAGUCAUGGCAGGACAUGAACAGCACGGAGCAGGCUCACACUGCCACCAUGCUCCUGGACGUCCUGGAAAAAGGAGCCUUCCUGCUGGCCAACAACAUGUAUGGGAAUCGCUUCACCGACCGAGCACCGAGCAUCGAUCUGGAGGUGCAUGUUUUAAACACAGAGAUGGACCUGCAGGACUUGUCCUUUCCACAGAACUACGCUAGUGACAGCUCCAUCCAGCUUUCAGCCUCCACCAUCAAACAGUACAGUCGCAACGGACAAGUCAAGGUGGUGUUCGUUCUCUACAAAAACUUGGGAGCUUUUCUGUCCACGGAGAACGCCACAGUAAAAAUGGAAAUGGAGGGGAUAAGCCACGAUAAGAAGCAACUGGCAGUUAACUCGCACGUAAUCGCCGCCUCCAUCAACAAGGAGUCUAGCAGAGUGUUUCUGACUGAGCCAGUGGUCUUCACUCUCAAACACCUGCAGUUGGACAAUUACUACACACCAAACUGUUCUUUCUGGAACUACUCUGAGCGCUCCAUGACUGGACAGUGGUCGUCGCAGGGCUGCAGGCUGCUGGACACCAACAGGACACACACCACCUGCUCCUGCAGCCACCUCACUAACUUCGCCGUCCUCAUGGCUCACCACGAGCCCGAUUACCAGGGGCGGAUGCACGAGCUUAUCCUGUUUGUGAUCACCUGGGUGGGAAUUGUCAUCUCUCUGGUGUGUCUGGCCAUCUGCAUCUCAACUUUCUGCUUCCUGCGUGGUCUGCAGACUGACCGCAACACCAUCCACAAGAACCUUUGCAUCAACCUUUUCAUAGCAGAGCUGCUCUUCCUCAUAGGAAUUGACAAGACGGAAUACCACAUUGCCUGUCCCAUCUUUGCUGGCCUUCUGCAUUUCUUCUUCUUGGCUGCCUUCUCCUGGAUGUGUCUGGAGGGUGUGCAACUAUAUCUCAUGCUGGUGGAGGUCUUUGAGAGCGAAUACUCCCGCAAAAAGUACUACUAUCUAUGCGGCUACUGCUUUCCUGCACUGGUGGUGGGCAUCUCAGCGGCCAUAGACUACAGGAGCUAUGGGACCAAGAAAGCAUGCUGGCUGCGAGUGGAUAACUACUUUAUCUGGAGCUUCAUUGGACCUGUGUCGUUCGUUAUCAUGCUCAAUCUCAUUUUCCUCAUAAUCACUUUACACAAGAUGGUUCGCAACUCUUCAGCCCUCAAACCUGACUCCAGUCGCCUGGAUAAUAUUAAGUCCUGGGCUCUGGGGGCCAUUGCUCUGCUCUUCCUGUUGGGCCUGACUUGGGCUUUUGGCCUCCUCUUCAUCAAUGAGAACACAGUGAUCAUGGCUUACCUCUUCACCACCUUCAACGCAUUCCAGGGCAUGUUCAUCUUCAUCUUCCACUGUGCACUGCAGAAAAAGGUUCAUAAGGAGUACAGUAAGUGUCUGCGUCACUCUUACUGCUGCAGCCGCACCUCCACCACCAGCUCCCACGGUUCACUGAAAAACUCAGGCCUGCGUGCCAACAACCGCUACUACAGUGGCAGCCAAGCUCGCCACACAGCAGCCCACAGACAGAGUCGGAUCCGCAGGAUGUGGAACGACACAGUUCGGAAGCAGACAGAAUCCUCUUUCAUGGCAGGAGACAUUAACAGCACCCCGACACUCAACCGUGCGACCAUGGGAAACCACCUUCUGACAAACCCAGUAUUGCAGACUCGCAGUGGCACCUCUCCCUACAACACUCUUCUGGCUGAGAGCUUCACCCCUCCGUCACCUGGUGUCUUCAACUCCACAGGAACUUUUCGAGAUCCAAAGACGCUUUCUAAGGCCCGAGACCCCUGUGGUAUGGAAACUCUGCCCUUGAAUGGUAACUUCAACAACAGCUACUCUCUUCGCGCUGGCCCAGGGGGAGGAGGUGGGGGCAGCUGUGAUUUUCUAGGAGGCGGUGGUGGAGACAGCCCCCCACCACUCCUAAAUCCCCGUGGCUCAGAGACCCUGGGCGGAGGCAUUCGACGAAACCUCUCUGAUGCCGCGGCCUUUGAGAAAAUGAUAAUCUCUGAGCUUGUGCAUAAUAACCUUAGGGGCGGAGGAGGAGGCGGAGGUGAGGUAGGGGACAGAGUGUGUGGCAGCCUGGCAACAGGGCGUCCUCAGGGUGGGAUCGGUCGGGGGACAGUGGGAGUUGCACCUGAGCCUUCUCUGGGCAUGGAUGAGCAAGAUGACUUUUUGAGAGACGGACGGCAGCGCACCCCACAGGACGUGGAGCUACUUUAUAAAGCUCUUGAGGAACCCCUGCUGUUGCAGCAAGCACAGUCGGUCCUUUACCAGAGCGACCCAGAGGAGUCGGAGAGCUACACGGCCGAUCUCACCGAGAGCCUGGGUCACAGUGGUCACAGUGGCCAGAGUGCUGGUGGGCAGGGAGGCAACAGGGCGCCUGAUUCCCCUGCACGUGACUCCCUGUACACCAGCAUCACCAACCUGCGAGACUCACCUUACCCUGACAGCAGUCCUGAGCCCCUGGAGGUGGUCCCACGCUCAGCCCAGCCCCCCGAGGAGCUGUACUACAGCUCCGGGAGGCCUGCGCUGGGCUCUCGUGGCGCUCCCAUGCAGACCUUCUACCAGGCCCCACCCCGGAGACCGAGUGGGGAAGGACAUCCGGCCCAAGAGCCUGCCCACAGUGAAGGGGACGGACAAAUGCAGCUGGUCACCAGCCUGUGACUGGAACCUGAAGGAGGAACUUAGGGACUACUGUCAUGGCCAGAACCUCUCCCUCCUCCUGUUCCGCCUCGUUCUUGCAUCUCUCCACUUUCUGCUUGUUUGGUUGCCUUUCUUUCUCUUGACAUUUAUUUAACAAACGGAGCGACCUUCGGGGUUGUCACGGCUGACUCUGCAGAAACAGCCUUUAUCUUUAACCUCCCCCAGCCCCCAUCCUUGUCUUAUGGAGGGAUGAGUGAUGGGUGUUUUUCAACAGAGCAUUUUUAUGCUCUCACCAAGCCCAGUCCUUCCCUUGUUCCUUUGGUACCCCGAGGCCAAGUCCAGCACACUGAAUGUACCCACUCAUCCUUUACCUUCAUAUAUUUCAAAACUUUAAAACUUUGUUAAAGGUUUUUAUGUAAUUGUUCUUCAGACUUGCCUCCAGAGACAAGAAUAUCAUUUUAUACUUUAUAUCUCAUUUCCCUUUUCUUAACAUCCAUAGGUCUUUUUGGGUCUUUUUCAAAUCAUUAUUUGAUAGAAGUAGUCGCUGUGAAGACAAGGGAAAAUAGUUCAGUAUCAUAACCUAAAAAAAAAAAGAAAGUCUCACAGAAAGCUCUUCAUUGUUGCCAAAAAUAUCAUUUAUUGAGCCAGAACAGAAACUAGAACGUUCACAAAACAACCACACAUAUACACACACGGGAAUUCAUCUUCGAGUACUCAUUAAGGAACAUCAGAAGUGAAAAUAUAAAUCCAUCACUGUAAAAUGGAGCAAGAGCUUUUGUCUUGAACUGGUAGUGAGAGCUGUUUCAGUGUUGCCUUCAUCUUUCUUUGUGAUGAAUCAAUGACAAUGGACAGAAGUGGAGUAGAUGCAGAGAUGGAGACUGAGGUGGUGUGGAACCCGCACCCCUUAAGACUGACCAAACCUCUCAACUGUUCUCUCUGGUGAUUUGCGUAAGGCAUUUAAAAAGUUUAUAGACUGCCUUGAUAUCGUUUUGAUGAGAGUAUUAAAUUUGUUGACUUUAGAUCUAACUCUUCUGGGUCCGGCGAGCGCAGACUUGUGCCCCUGACCCCUUCCUUUUUUCCCUGUGUACUUUGCUGUUAGAGCCUAGACAGUUAAAGUGGACUUGAUUCCUGUGUAUGGCUGUGACGACCGAGACUCCAAGGUGUCGCAAAUGCACUUGUCAACCAAUUUGUAUAACCGUGUACAUAGGAUCCAUUCAUGAAUCUACUUUAUUCCUGCUAUGUAAAUAGAGACACCAGAUGAUCAAAAGCAACAAAAGGUAACAAAUACUAUGAAAGAUUACUUCUUGUACUGCAACAAACAGCCAAAAGAGAAAAAUAAAAAUGUUUUGGAGUUUG